AAUUUUCAAUCGACUUCACUUACAUUCUAACUGGCCAUGAUUAAUCUAGUCAAUAUCUGAGCCUACCGCCAUGGCCGUGUCCACAACCUACUCUGAGCCGCUCCCAUUGCAAGCCAAAUAUGUAUGGACUUUAAUAGAAUUGGCUCCAGAUCUUUAGCUAGCCUCACUACUGAACCAAUGUAAAUUUUCGCUCAACCUUGUGAUCUAGUGGAUUACGUCUGGCUAAACAUUCUCACACUCUUAACAGAAAGAAGGGCAUGCCAGUUAAAUAAUUAGCGUUUGUUUAAAAGAACGUCUUGGUUCCUGAGUCAACGAGUUCGAGCAAACAUAAAAGCUCACCAGACAGAAGUCGCAAAGGGUCCGAAGAAAUAAAGAAGGGCACGAUAAGAUAUGAAAUACAUUGAAUGGAGUUUGGAGGACAGCGGGGAUUUCGAAUGUGGUGGCCUCUGUGGUAAAAAGUAAAUAAUUUUGAAGUGCUCUCUGAACCACUAGCACAGUUACCGCGAAACUAAAGCAUGACGAUCCUUUGAGACACUGUGAUUUUCAUCUUUACAGACAAUCAAAGGGAUUUAACCAGAUAAAAUGAUUAUGUUAACUUGCCACUGACUUCGCCCAGUGGACUCUUGCGGUUACCUGCAGGUAUUUCAUAUGUCACCAGCUUGAAUAGUAAACGGUGUGUUUCGCCUAGAUUGUGUCGAGUCUUUUGAAACACCAACCAUAAAGGACAUGCUGCUACUUGUGUUAAGUAUAUAAACGAGUCGUAACAACUCGCGAGGUUAACUGUCCUGUCCUUUGCCCGUCAACGUUGAGCCACGAGCGAGGUAUGAUGGAGUCUCUCACCACAAUGAAACUGAUAAUCAGCAUUCUGGUUUUUAGUCACUUGCGCAUAUCGUUUGCAGCACAAAGACCGUCAAUGGACGAGAAAAAGCAGAGGCUUAUUCAAUUAAUUGGAAAUUCGGUGGCCAUGAAUUUAAGCUCUCAAGUCAAGACGAACGGUGUUGCAAGCCCAGUAUCGCUGCCUCCAUGGGCGGCUGAUGAAGCCUUUUUUGAGUUGCAUGAGAAUAAAUCGUCCUUAGCAAUUUUUAUCGAUUUGAUGUGUUUUGCCAGCUUACAGUGGACUGUCAGUUAUCUUGAUUACAGCGACAUUAUGCAGAACAAUUGGAAAAGAGUUGAGAUCGAUAUGCCAAGAAACAAAAAAGGACCUAAAACAUUCUUACAUGUGAAAAAUUUCGACUCCAACAACGUGGCUGUUGCCUUAGCCGUCUACGAAACAAAGGACUCUCAACUUUUUACACUGCAUGAAGCACCUAAAGGAUUUUACAAAAUAGAGAUGCGAUCCACGACAAGCUUUACGCAGGUCGUUGGAGUUUCGGUGCUGGUGGGUGGCAGCUUAGAAUUAGGAAUGCCCCAACUGCCACCUGACAAAAUAUUAUCGGUGGCACAUUUAGCGAAUGGCUAUGUUAACUUGUAUUGGGAACCUGCAAAAAUGACGGAAAAAGAGAGUGAAAACACCAAAGCGAAUAUCGACUAUUGUGUCUCUGUUAACACGAAAAGAAACUUUGAUCGUCUUUGCCAAGCCCAAGACUUGAUGAAAAAAAACCCAUCAGACAUGAUUAUAUUUUAUUGUGUUCGUGGUCGAAACCAGUUUAAUCUACGAAAGCACUUAAGUAGCGAUGUGAACUAUCACGUGAACGUAUUUGCUGUCAAUCCGCAUUCGAAUCGAAGCCGAGCAUACGCUGGAUUAACGCUACCUAAGCACAGAUCUUCGCUUACAAGUCGCCUUAGGCAGGAUUCAACGCUUAAUCUUAAAAUCGAUCUGAAAACAGGCUACCAUGUGGUUCAAUUCGAGGUGGCAAGGCAGGGUACGACGCGUCUUACUGUCAUCGCUUGUGAAGGACCAGUUCUUGUUACUAUCACUCAUGAAUCAAGAGUCUUGAGGAAAUACCAAGCCUACGGUGUAAAGACCAACACAAUCAAAGCUGCUCCAGUGGGAACCUAUUUUGUGACACUAAACAAAAAAAUAGACGGGGAACUAAACCUAAGAAUCCACUUGUCUUCCAGCAAACGUUGGGGGCCUUUCCCAAGACUGCCAAAAGGCAGAGGUGUCAAAGAAUGGCCAAUGCUACGCACAUGCACAAGUGUCACUAUUGCCUGGUUAGCAGCAAAAGGAAAGCAACAGUUUUGUCUGUAUAUUGGACGAUUUAGCACGAAAAUAUACAAGAAAUUAGGCAACGUCUGCUUUAAACCAAUGUCUGAUUCUGGGGUUCGUAGGAUCAUCUGUAUCAAUAAGCGCAUUCGCAAAAAUCACAAGGCCAUUUUCACAAGAACAAUUAAAGGCUUGAGGCCUUGUACAUCCUACGUGUUCUAUAUCCAAGUCAAAAGGAGAAGGUCGACGGACACGCUGAUUUACAGACCAUUGACACUACGGACCAGGUGCAAAAGAUGCCUUAUGGAUGCCUAGAAGCAGUAUUUCUGAUUCCUAGAAGCAGUAUUUCUGAUUCCUAGAUGAAGUAUUUGUGAUGCCUAGAGGACGCAUUUCUGAUGCCAAGAGCUUGUACAGAUUUCGAGCCCUGAAGAGCACAAAGUAAUGGGAUCGAAUUUUGUAACAACGUAUAAAUUAUUUAUAAUUCAAGUUGAUUUUAUUCACAAUGAAUAUGAACUGCAAAUCAAUGCAAGUCUUAAAAGUGUGUGAUUUCGUUUUUAGAAAUUUUCAUGCUUAAGAAGAGAAUUCUUAAUUUGUCUUCUUCUUUUUCUUGUCCAACAUUUUUUGCACAACUUGUAUUUCUUCUAAGUAUGACGUUUUAAAUUAGAAGUUUACAGUUGAUAUAUAUCUUAUUUUUUCAUGGUCUUUUCUAACCAAUUUCUUGCCAUUUUAGUAACCAAAAUUCAGGCAGCAAAUACUUCAUUUUCAUACGAGAGAGCUGCCAUUAUCGGGUGUUGCUGCACCCAGAGAUAGCAACACAUAUGUCAGUUUUGGUGACAUCAACAAUUUCAAGUUUCAUGCAUUCAAUUCCGGUCAUAGAAAAUAUAAUUUUCUUAAAAUUCUGCUUAAAAUCAUUUUCUCUGGGUGUAAAGUAAAUCUCUCGAUAGAGUUCUAAAGAAUAAAACCUAUGCAAUUACUUUUUUCUGUCAAAUUCUAGAAAAAAGAUUUAUCCCCUUCAUUUCAAUUGAAGUCACACCUUGCCUAAGGGGUUUUAAAUAGACUUAAAGAUUUAGAAAAGCUUAUGACAAUAACAUCCUACACAGAAAUUUUUUUAUUGCACUUGUUUCCGGAUGACCAAUAGUUAUAUUAUAUAUGAAAAUUUCAAAGAAUCAAUUUUAACGAACAGCAGUUUAAAGAAAGGUUAAAAACUUGAUGAAGACAUAGUCAGUGAUGAUUUUAAACGCUGAAACGCAGCAAAAUAUGUGAAAUGUUUUUAGGGUUAUAAAGGCGAGGCAUUUUUUCACGGGGAAUAGCAGGUGAAUAUGGCAGGGGCAGAAAAAUCUGUCUUGAACUGGCACGGGGUGGAAUAUCAUGCAGAAGAGGAAACUUAAGACAGACUGAGGGUAGAAAACCCCAGCUUGCAAAGGAAGCGGGGAAAUGGAAAAUUACCUGGAUCACUUGACUUUUCGAGCGGGGACUCUAAGGUCGAGAAAUUUAUCGCCGGGGUGCAUUUCACCGGGCUUGUUACACAGAUACUAAAUAGAAUAGGCGUGACCUGCAUAAAACUGGGUAGCAAAAAGGCUUGAAAAGACUUUGGGAAACAAUGAACAAGAAGAUCAGCCCGCCAGACAAGAAGGUGACGUUUUCGUGGUAUUUUAUUGACCAAAUCUACUUUGGUUUUACACCCAUCCUUAAAUAUUUUAAACGGCUUGAAAUUCAUCACAGUCAAAAGGUCACAAUUUGGUCAAUCAGAUAAUCAGAAAAUGACAUGGCUUUUGUGAAUGAUUUUAUCAUUGACU